UUAAAUAACAAAAUUACCAUCUAUUAAAUAUUAAAAUCACAAUUCGUAUUUCCCGUUCAACAAUAUUAUUAUUCAGCGAUUGUGUGAUAUAGGUGCCUAAUACUCAUAUACCUACUGUGAAUUUCAACCCCGAGCGAGGUCUUCCCCGAUUAUUAGCAAACAAUUGUGGUUUCACGCUAAUAAUAGGAAUAAAACAUCGUCCCGUAGUGUUUUAUUUUUCCACACAAAAAUUACUUUAACGAAGAAAAUAAUAAUAUUAUUUAAUUGUAUACAAUACAAAUCCAUUAUAAUAUUAUUAUGUCACGGCUGUCGCUGCUGACGAUCGUUUAUUUCUUUGCAUCUGCGUUUGGAUUACUGACCGUUCUAUUGCAGUCGGCCGAUGGUGCGGCAGCCGACGUCGGUGAUCAUAUUUUGCAGCGGGAUGCCGCCACCGAUCCGAUACCCGGUCUUUGGUUUUCCGAUCUGUUUUAUCGGGCGCUAGCCAACUUCACUUUGCGGCGGGCGGACGGCAUGUCUUGCUGUCGCCAAUCCGCCUUGUACGAGGCACAUUUGAGCAAUCACACCAGUUGGACCGUCAGAAAUACAUAAUGCACAUGAGAAAUAUUAUAUCGUUAAAUGAGUCAUACCGACCAAGUUACGUGCGGGCCACGCCAUUCUUUGGAGGCUUGGCCAUGAGCUUUGUAGUGGAAAAACUGAAGGAAAAAAAUAUGAAAUUUUCACAAAUGGCGGUUCACGGCGGAACAAUUGCCAUUUGCACGUUUACAUUGUAGGCAGUGUUCGGACUUAGCUAGAUAAAUUUAUCUAGAUGAAUAACUACAUAAUUAUUUUUUAAUCUUUUAUCUUAUCUAGAUAAAUAUGAGUUAAGUUAUCUUUAAUAUAUUAUAUCUAGAUACAUUUGAGUUGCAUUAUCUUUAUCUUUGUCUAGAUAAAAAAAUACUUAUCUAGUCCGAACACUGUGGGUUCAGUGUUACGGCAAUGUAUUCUAUGCGAGAAAUAGACCUUAUUAUCCAUUGGAACAUGCCUUGUACUCAACUAUCUGUCAUUGUACGUGGCCAGUAUAGCAAGUAUAUGGAUUACCAUAAGUUAUUUCACGUCUGGCUACGACGUAUCUAGAGUGAUUUACCGAGGGCGUUGUACGUACCAUUUUUAAUUUUUAACUUUUUCAUAGCCCGUAUGCAUUGUUGCUGUCAAAUUAUAUAGAAAAGCCUGAGUCUACUUGGUAAUUUGUUCCGCAAUAAAUUUGUUAUGAUUAUGGGGAAACUCUCAUACCCCAUUUUGUUGGUAAACAUCACUGUUGUGCUAACAUCUCAGAGUUCACAAAGUUUACCAGUUCAUCUGUCGUCAAGAUAUGUGAGCCAAUAAUUAGUACUCAAUUCCUGUGAAUUCAUGACCAGGUUUUUACAAUUCCUGCACUAACGGUUUUCCUGGAAUGUCGAAUUUUCUCCGGAUGGGCUUAAGAACGUCCCGUAAAGUGUUUUGUUUUUCCGUACAAAAAUAUUACUUUAACGAAGACAAUAAUAUAUAAUAGUAUACAAUACAAAUCAAUUAUAUUAUUAUGUCACGGCCGCUACUGACGAUCACACUGUUUGCGUCGGUGUUACUGAGCGUUUUAUUGCAGUCGGCCGACGGUGCGGGAGCCGACAUCGGUGACCAUAUUUUGCAGCGGGAUGCCGCCAACGACCCAAUACCCGGUCUUUGGUUGUCCGAUCUGUUUUACCGGGCGCUGGCCAACUUCACCUUGCGGCGGGCGGACAGCACGGCUUGCCGCCGCCAAUCCGCUAUGUACGAGGCACAUUUGAGCAAUCACACCAGUUGGGCCGUCAGAAUGCUAGAAUCUUGGGACCGAUAUCCAGUCGGUUUACUUGCGGGAAACACAUACCAAAUGGGAGUCUAUGACGAAUGUGUAGACAUACGUUACCCGGUGAAAGGACAGUAUUGUUUGUCUGAAAUAAAAAUAAUUCCACCUGCAGGAAGAGAUUAUAGCUUCAAAAGAACAGAAGAUUUAGACGAUUUCGGUCACGACCAUGCAUGGAAAACCAUACUUGGGUGGACCGAUUACCAGGACCAAGUGCAACGAAACAUUUUGAAUUUGGGAAUAUGCGUACCGGACGGGUGUUCAGCGUUAGACCUACAGACAUCCCUACAAAGCGAAUUUGACGAGACGUUUUCCCCCGAACAGCUCAAAGCCGUCGUCAGAGUAGACCCGAUAAAGUGCAGGGUCCGCGAAGAUAUGUAUCCCUACGACACGCCGUAUUACGUAACUUUGUGGAUAUUUUUACUGCUCGUUCUGAUCUGUUGCUGUGCGACGUUACACCAUUUCAUAAGAAUAUCGUACCAACAAAACACAAACGAAACCGGUGAAGUGCCUAGGACAUUUUUCUACGAAUUUUCAUUUAUCGAGUCAAUCAAAACAUUGUUGAAAUUCGACAAAGACAAUAAAUUAAAUAUUUUUUAUACCACAAAAGUAAUGAUGAUGCUUUUUGUUAUGUGUGGACAUUAUUUUCUUGCUUUGAUGUCGAAUCCUAUAAGUAAUGCUAAGUUCGUGGAUAAGAUACUACUCAACGGACCAGCUGUGCUGUUGACUGGUAUGAACACCGUUGACCCAUUUUUCUUCAUGAGCGGUUUCAUCAUGUACAUAAACCUUUCUCGAGAAUUUCGAAAACCAAAGGCUGAAUCAGUUUGGAAGACACUCUCGAUGCCAAUCAUCCAGCGAAUAAUAACAAUGUUACCGGCUUAUUGCGCGAUGAUGGCGAUAACUGCGCAUAUUAUACCCCACCUCGGAGACGGUCCACUGUGGCCAAUAAAGUCGUGGGGAGAAGCCGAGAUAUGUAAGAACUAUUGGUGGACCAACCUGUUGUUCAUAAGUAAUUUCGUUGAAGUCGACCAACAGUGCCUCAUAAUGGGCUGGUACUUAUCGUGUGAUAUUCAGUUUUUCGUCAUUGGAGUUAUUGUCGUUUACGUUCACACGAAAAACCCAAGAUACGGAAUCGCAUUGCUUGGCACAAUAAUUGGUUUGUCGAUAUCCCUGCCAUUCAUAAUCACUCUUUUGACGGGAAGAGAUGGAAUGGAUAAGUUUACUUCAACACACCUAUUGUUCAUGAGACAUGUUUUAUCGUCGAACGAUUCGUACCGACCAAGUUACAUGAGGGCCAGUCCAUUCUUUAUAGGCUUAGCCAGUAGCUUUCUAGUGGAAAAACUAAAGGAAAAAAAAGUGAAAUUUUCACAAACGGUGGUUCACGGUGGAACAUUUGCUAUUUUAUCGUUUGCUUUAUGGGCUCAGUUUUACGGGGUCGUAUUCUAUGCCAGAAAUAGACCUUAUUAUCCAUUGGAACAUGCCUUGUACUCAACUAUCUACCAUUGUACGACGGCAGUAGUGAGUGCAUGGGUUGUCAUAAGUUAUUUCACGUCUGGCUACGGUUUACUUGAACAUUUGUUUCACAGUAGAUUUAUUGCAAUCAUGGGAAAACUUGCAUACCCUAUUUUGUUGGUGAACAUCACUGUUAUGCUAACAUCUCAGAGUUCGCUGAGAUUACCCGUUUAUCUGUCGCCAAAAUAUGCGUUUGAAACUUUUCUCUAUGGUUCAUUCAUGUGUUAUAUGAUGGCCAUCAUCUUAUAUUUGAUUGUUUAUGAGCCGUUUGCGAAAUUGACCAAAAAUCUGUUAAAAGGAAAAGUUUAAUCUCGUUGAUCAAGAAUCGAACACCUAUCAAAACACCAGCUACUUACAGCAAUACAACUGUUAAAAACGACUUAUAAAUUAUAAUAGAUAGUGGGUCAAUUAUGAAAUAUUAGCAAUUAUAUCAUAAUAUAUGAUAACAUAGUUUAUACAAAUAUUGCAAGUAAGUUAUGCUCGUUUGUAUCGUAAUAUGGAACAUAUAUAAGAAACAUUUUGUAUUAUCAGCUAUACUAGUGUUUACUUAUAUCUCUGUUCAUUUCUUGUUUUGUAAACUUGUUUCUGGUGAAAUCUUUCUUACUUUUUUUUUUGAAAUGCUCUAUAUUAUGUCAUAUUAUCAUACAUUAUAUCCAUUUUUGUACUUCGAUAAUUCAAAAGACUUAAUUGCAGAUACUUUAUGGUACCUAUUGUGUUUAUACUUAAUUUAUUUUGUAAAUUAGUCAAUGUUAU